AACACAAAAAGUUCCACUUCACUUAUUUUCGUAACUUAUCCAUGGCUAGUUCUGUAGUGUUUAGGUGUUGUUUAAUAGUGAUAACAAAUUUGUUUAUGGCCUUUGAUUUUGCUCAUGCUCAACCAACAAGAGCUUUUUUCGUUUUUGGUGAUUCACUAGCAGAUAAUGGCAACAAUCAUUUAUUAUUUACCACAUUACGUGCUGAUUUUCCCCCAUAUGGAAUUGAUUACCCUACACACAAACCCACCGGACGUUUCUCUAAUGGCCUAAAUAUUCCUGACAUAAUCAGUGAGCAACUUGGUUUAGAACAGACUCUCCCUUAUUUGAGUCCCUUGCUACUUGGUGAAAAACUUUUAGUUGGUGCCAAUUUUGCUUCUGCGGGCGUUGGAAUUCUUAAUGAUACAGGAAUUCAAUUUCUGCAAAUCUUACACAUUCACAAGCAAUUGAAGUUAUUCGAACAAUACCAGCGAAGGUUGAGAGCACAUAUUGGUGCAGAGGAAGCUAAGAAACUAGUCAACAAAGCACUUGUACUCAUCAUUAUUGGAGGCAACGAUUUUGUUAACAAUUAUUAUUGGGCCCCAUUUUCAGCAAGAUCUCGCCAAUUUUCUCUUCCAGACUACGUGACAUAUGUCAUAUCUGAAUUCAAAAAUAUUCUAAAGAAAUUUUAUGAUUUGGGAGGUCGUAAUGUUCUUGUAAUGGGCAUGGGACCAAUGGGAUGUUGUAUUCCUAUAGAGUUACCUUUAUGGAGUAAUAACGGUGAUUGUGAUGUUGAACUCGUGAGUGCUGCCUCUUUAUAUGAUCGACAAUUUGUCGAAAUGAUCAAAGAACUCAACACAGAGAUUGGUGCUGAUGUCUUCAUUGCUAUUACUGCACAUAAACUGUUCAUGGAUUUUGUUAACAACCCUCAAGCUUUUGGAUUUGUUACAUCAAAGAAAGCUUGUUGUGAGUAUGGCCCAUACAAUGGGAUUAAAUUAUGCACACCUCUUGCAAACUUGUGCCAAAAUCGAGACCUCUAUGCAUUUUGGGAUUCAAUCCAUCCAUCUGAAAAAGCUUGCAGAAUCAUAGUCCAACAAAUCUUGAAUGGCUCCAAUGAGUAUAUGUACCCUAUGAAUCUUAGCACUGUUCUGGCCAUGGAUCCCAUGGUUUGAUUCAUGCAUUGUACUAUUAGUUUUCUAGAUAUUUCUCUGAGGGAUUAAUUAAGUUACAAUAUGUCUACUAGUAUGUGUUACCAUAUCUUA